UCAGCUGUUCAAAGCGACUUUAGCAAAGCGAGGCACCUGACACUGACAGGGGUUCAGCCGUGAGUUGUUUCACGUCACUCGCCCCGGAGAUCCGUCCAGGACCACAAGGGGGACGUGGUGGGGAAAAACUAAUGCUAUUUACGUAAUUAAAUCUUCCGUGAGUCGUUAUUUUGAAAAGUUGUAAGUUAUUUUAGUGUGUGGUGGGUAUGAGUGAGUCCCGCCCCCCCUCAUGCCCCUCCAGCUCCAUCCCGCCACCAGCCCCAGCAUGACUCGCGGGGCCUCACUGCUCAAGUGGAGUUUUGUCUUCAUUAUUUUAACAGGAUGUGCCUCAAGUUCCCUAGAGGGAACUAAGCCACAAAAUGAGACCAACAAGAAUUACAAGUCACCCAGUAACAACUUGACUGGCUCCUCUGAGCCAGCACCACGUCUCCCACCCACUCCAGAGAACUGCUCAGACCACUCACAACUUGGCUCAGUGGUUUGCCCAGAAAAUCACCAGUGUCAUGAACUGAGCAAAGAAUGUUUGAAAUGUGACUUUAACUGCACCUGUGUCUAUGGCCAAGAAGUGAAUGUCACCUGCAAACCAAGAGUUAGCUGCAAAGGAAGACAGGAAAUAACUGUGUCAAUGAUAUGCCGCUAUUGCUAUCAGACAUCACACUGGGAACACACUUGUCUUGGAAACAACCAGUGCCGUGCUGUUCACUCUCCCAGAGAAACAUUUACAUCUAACUGCACAGUAAAUAGUGAUGUUCUGUGCCUUGGCAAUCGGGUGUUCCGUAAAAAGCUGUAUUGCAACUGGACUUCAGGGUAUAAAUGGUCCACAGCUUUGCUGCUUUCUAUCACUCUUGGGGGAUUUGGAGCUGACAGAUUUUACCUGGGCCAUUGGCAAGAAGGAAUUGGUAAGUUAUUCAGCUUUGGUGGUCUUGGAGUGUGGACAAUCAUUGAUGUUAUUCUCAUAGCCAUUCGCUACUUGGGACCUGCUGAUCAUUCAUUAUAUAUAUGAAUGAAGUAUAUAUUAAGGUAAAGUGAUAGAAUGAUGUUUAUAUUUAUAGAACUACAAGAAAUGGCUGCCACAGCUUCUUAAAAGUUAAGCACCAGAAACCAAUUCAGUGGUGUUUAGUUUGAAAGUAGUGUUGUACAGUUUCUUAAGGUUCCAUUUAUACUUGUAUGGUCAUUUAAGUCAUUUAAUGAUACCUCAGGUAACCUAAAAAAAAAGAUUAAAAUUCCUAAUCCAUGCUGGUGUCAGAUAGAUAUGCCUAAAUAUGUGUUGAUAACAAAAAUAUUAGGCUAAAGUUGUGCUAACUUCUUUAUUUCUGUUGAGUUUUCAUAAUCUUUAUACUAGAUAUGAAAAAAAAAAUCAAUGAUAUGUUUUUAGAUAUAACAAUUUCCAACAUUUUUUUGUAUCGUAAACUCUGGUUCAAUACUAGACCAUAGUCACUUCAAUACUGAACAAAUUGUUGUUUGAACACUUUUGUUGGUGGGAAUGCAAAUAAAACAACUGUAUUUCUAGAAUGCAGUAUUCUUACAGAAAAA